UCAUAUUUGAGGCAGCAGUCUGUCUAGCUGCUGUAGUCUGCAAACAGACAGGCAGUCGGCGGCUCCGUACCGGGCGUUUUUCACGGUGGAAGUAUCCAGCAGCUCGAGCCCAGGGGCGGCCGGUGGGAGGAGGCAGAGAGACCGCAGCUGCUGCACCGCACAGCCUCUUUGACAGCCGCAAGAGGAGGAAUCAACCAGCACCAAUUGAUGCCUACGGAACCGUCUGAAGGCCGGGACCUCGACGGGUUGAGAGAGCAGCCGACCGACGGACAGACCAGAGCGAAGGACACCUGCGGCGGCACAGCGGGCAGCAGCAUGGCGUCCGUGGCGGAGUACUACGCCGGCAAGAACGUGCUGAUCACGGGAGCCACGGGCUUCAUGGGAAAAGUGCUGGUGGAGAAGCUGCUGAGGUCCUGCCCUGAGGUCAAAGCUCUCUACAUCCUGGUCAGACCCAAAGCCGGCCAGUCCAUGCGGCAGAGGGUCAGCGACAUGAUGAAAUGCAAGCUUUUCGACCGAGUGAGGGAGGACAACCCCGACUUCCACCAGAAGAUCAUCGGCAUCAGCAGCGAGCUGACGCAGCCCGGCCUCGCCAUCAGCCCCGAGGACGUGGAGAAGCUCGCCGCCUGCAUCAACAUCGUCUUCCACUGCGCCGCCACCAUCCGCUUCGACGAGCCGCUCAAGCACGCCCUGCAGCUGAACGUGAUCGCCACGCAGCAGCUCCUCAGCCUGGCCCAGCAGAUGCACCACCUCGAGGCCUUCAUUCACAUCUCCACCGCCUAUGCAAACUGCAACCGCAAGUACAUCGACGAGGUCAUCUACCCGCCGCCCGUCGAGCCCAAGAAGCUCAUCGAGUCCCUCGAGUGGAUGGAUGACGGCAUCGUGCGGGACAUCACGCCGCGGCUCAUCAACGACAGGCCCAACACGUACACCUACACCAAAGCCCUGGCCGAGUACGUGGUGCAGCAGGAGCAAGACAAGCUCAACAUUGGCAUCAUCAGACCCUCCAUAGUUGGAGCCAGCUGGCAGGAGCCUUUCCCCGGUUGGAUCGAUAACUUCAACGGGCCGAGCGGCGUCUUUAUAGCUGCCGGAAAGGGCAUCCUGCGCACCAUGAGAGCCAACAACGAUGCAGUGGCUGAUCUGAUCCCUGUGGACGUGGUCAUCAACCUGACCCUGACCGCGGGCUGGUACACUGCAGUGCACAAACCUAAAACAGCCAUGGUCUACAACUGCACAACCGGCGGCAUCAACCCGUUCCACUGGGGAGAGAUCGAGCAUCAUGUGAUGUCGUCCUUCAAGAGGAACCCGUUGGAGCAGGCUUUCCGCCGGCCCAACGCCAACAUCACCUCCAACUACCUGAUCAACCAGUACUGGAUCCUGGUCAGCCACAAGUUCCCUGCCCUCCUCUACGACUUCUUCCUGCGUCUCUCUGGACAGAAGCCCCAGAUGAUGCGCAUCUUCAAUCGUCUGCACAAGGCCAUCAGCCUGCUGGAGUAUUUCAGUAGCCAGGACUGGGAGUGGAACUCCGAGAACCAAAGUAUGCUGAUGAGCCAGCUCACACCGGAGGACAGGAAGACAUUUAACUUUGACGUCCGCCAGCUGAACUGGCCCGAGUACAUCGAGAAUUACUGCAUUGGCACCAAGAAGUACGUCCUGAACGAGGACAUGUCCGACAUUCCUGCUGCCAGGCAGCACCUGAGGAAACUGAGGAACAUCCGCUACACCUUCAACACGCUGCUGGUCGUCUUCAUCUGGAGGGUGUUCAUCGCCCGCUCCCAGAUGGCCAGAAACAUCUGGUACUUUGUGGUCAGCCUCUGUUUCAAGUUCCUCUCCUACUUCCGCGCGUCCAGCACCUUAACCAACUGAGUCUUCCUCACCGCCUCAAGCAGGAGACGGCAGCCCUCUCCUUUAGCCGUCAGCAGGAAAGAAAGAAGAAAAAAUAAUAAUAAUAAUAAUCAUCUGAGACUCUUGACGUCCACUCUUUCUUCACGUGGACCAGCGGGGCUGUCGACAGGUGGGGGCUGCAGUUGGGAGAAGCACUCAAAAGGGAAAAUAAGAGGUCUACUAGCCAUGAAUUAUUUGUUUAGUUUGGAAAAUCCAUCACGAGUACCAACACUGUUCAGUCACCAAACCACGUCCGGAGAAAAAAAAAAAAAAAAAAAACGUGUUGUCAUUCAUUUUGUACCUACUGUUUUCCUCUCUCAAAGUGGCCAAUUAUAUAUGCAACAAUAAGCCUUUCGUGUGACUUCCAUCUUUUCUUUUCCGCCCUCUCGAAUCAUUGCCUUGCCUUGUGAUUAAUUUUUUUCAUACUUGAAAUACGGCAGUGCGUCAGUGGAGGACAAUUUCUACAGGAUUAUUUUUUGUUUUGUACUGUGGGGUGGGCUGCGCGGUGGUGGAGCUCCAGAUCCUCCUCUUUAAUACGCAGGUGAUUUGGAUAUCUGUGUGUCUUGCAUUGCGUGUUAAUCUACUGCCUUUUUAAGAUCACACUGAAAAGAAAAGAGAAACUCUCGCCACCGAUUACCGAGGCUAAAAUCUGACUUUACAAGACGGCCGUACGACUACUUACAGAUCUGCCAUCUUUUCCUGCUGUUGUCACUUAUCUACGUCGGUGUGUCUUUGAACCUCUUUGUUUUUGAAUGCUCAUCCACUUUUCUGCCUGUUUGUACAGCAGUUUGUACUGAAACUAAGUUUACUACUUUUACAUCUUUAUACUUGCGUCAAAGGCUAAUCCAGUUCUAUGUGGUAGACCUUGGCAGAGUAGUAUAUACAUUAUAUAUGUAUAGAUAUAUAAAUAUAAAUAAGAGUACAUCGGAGUGAAGUUUAUUUGUAAAGCCCAGUCCGUCUUGUACAAUGUUCCCCAACUGUUCUUAACCAAGCUUUCUAAGAGGAACUACGGCGCGUUGAAGGAAAGUUACCUCCAGCAGCUGGGAAAAAACACAUGGAUAUUGUAAUAGAAAUGCAAAAUGAAGGAUUAAUACAUCUUAUACUUAUGGAGAAAAUUUAAAAGUAGACUAUUGGUUAUGAGAUAACUUUUUAAUACAUCAGACAGAUUUUUUUUAUUUUUAAUUUUUUUUUCAUCUGGGAUCUUAGAUAAACUGGUGGUUAAAUCAGUUCAUCUAACCACCCAGAUGAGGAAAAAAUAAAAUAUUUGUCCGAUACAUUAAAAAAAAUUAAAUCCAGAUGGUCUUCCUCCAGCCACCUUCAUCGAAAACAAAACUGAAGAAAUGGGUUUAUUUUUAUAAUCAUGUUUAAGAGUUUUUCUAACAAGGUCCAGCAGCAAUUAAUCAAACGCCACUGAGGAAAUUAAUGGAGAAACUGAUGGUUAACAUUGUGGAUUUAUUAAUACAUGAGAGGGAAAAAACAAAUGGGGUUUGUGUAGAAGUGUAUAGAAGAAGUUAAUGGGUACAACGGGUGGAUUAUGAGAAAGACGCAUAUAUGUGAAAGUGAAGGCUCUACUGUAUGAGGAGUUCUUGAGGCCGGCCUUAAGAUAAUAAAUGGUUUGUUGCAGCUAGCAAGAAUUCAAAGCUACUACAGAGAAGCUGGAUUCAUGUUUUAUUUACAAGUAAAUCGACUGUUUGAAUUGCCCAGCCUUUGACUGCCAGUAAAACCGUAGAUUGCAAUAUACAUAUAUAUAUAUAUAUAGAGAGAGAGAGAGUUGAGUCUCAUCUGCAUAUGAGCGUUUGUUCACCGCCUUUGCUGCAAACAAUCCUAUGCAGAAGGAAAAAUAGUGGACCAAGGACAGAGCCAUGAGGAACUCCGCACCUCGCAAACUGUAGAAAUCAGUGAAUUGGUUUAAAAAGUCCAAACCUCAAACGCAGUUCUACUUUAGGGACUUGGUUAAGAUCCUGACAUUACAUCCCUGAUAACCCUGGUUUUGGAAGACGUGUAAAUAGAAGAACUUACACAAUAUUCUUAUAGACUACCAAAAAAAACAAAAAAACAACAACAACCACUUGUAUUUGACUGUUGAUUUUGUUUGCUUGAGUGUCUUUACAGGACAACAGAGCUUCCCACAGAGUUUACCAAAAGUAUUAAGUGUGACAGGUGAGUCUGGUUUGUAACUAAACAAAUGAGGAAAAACUGUGUACAGUGUUUGUAUAUGUUGCGAGGCUUUGACUCUUGGCAGAAAAAUGCAUAACAGCGACGAGCCUGCGUGGAGGGGAGGACACAAAAAGGGAUAAAACUAAAUAAAUGUUUAUGCAAAGUCCCAUGUCUGGUGUAACCAUGGAAACGCGUUGCGUACAAAUGGCGGGUAAUAAUGAACCAAACAAGGCCUGCAUGAAAGAGCUACAGGGCUACUUUUAAUGGUGUCGUCCAUGUGUCCGUUUGACAUCGAAUCGCCGUCUUUUUGGGUGUUUGCCGACCAAAUGCAAAAGCGCUGCUGGUUUCUGGAGCAGCUGCUACUGUAUCGUCACAAAAGACGGCGUAGCGCAUAACCAAUGACUACAUCUUAAUUCUUCUGUGGGUGUCCUUUUGCGAAAUUGUUCACUGCUCUGACCACACUUAAACGUCUGCUUGGCAAAACUGAAAUAAACCAGAGGAGAAAAAGUGCAA